AGCACUUCCACACACUGUAUGAUGCUCCCAUGUGUGAAAGAGACAGAGAAGAUGGACGACAUAGAUGCCAUGUUCAGUCACCUGCUCGGAGAGAUGGAUCAUCUCUCUCAGAGUUUAAUGUCUGCAGCCGACCCACCAGAAGUGGAUCCUGCCUCACAGACAGAGAGCACCUUCUCCAUUGGCUUCACAGAUCUACAUGAGUCUCUUAAUGAACUGGAGGACAAUGACCUGGAUGCUCUGAUGGCUGACCUCGGAUCAAAAUCAACCAGCCCAGAAGAGAAACUCCCCACGGAUGAACAGUCCAGCAGCUGUGCAGACAAUCAAACAGCAGCCGUGGCUCUGGAGCCUGAGCCAGCAGCUGCCCUUCCUCAACCAUCAAACUCUGCUGAAUCCUCUGGAGGGCUACAGAUGAGCGAACCCCAGACAAAGGCAGACAAAAUUAAACUGGCUCUGGAGAAGCUGAAAGAAGCCAAAGUGAGGAAGUUGAUAGUAAAGAUGCUGAUGAGUGACGGCAGCUCUAAGACACUGAUGGUGGAUGAGAGACAGACGGUCCGAGAGGUUUUGGACACGCUGUUUGAGAAGACACACUGUGACUGCAGCAUCGAGUGGAGCCUGUGUGAGACCAACCCUGAGCUGCAGAUCGAGAGAGGCUUUGAGGACCAUGAACACUUAGUGGAGCCCCUGUCUGCGUGGACUCGCCUGAGUGAAAACAAAAUCUAUUUUGUGUUGAAACCGCAGAAAUAUGUGAUGUUCACAGACCCUCAAUUAUUUUACAUGUGGAAAAAGAGGACAGCAUGUUUGAGUGGAGUUAACGACCCAACCAGACAGCUCUUACUCAAGGAGCAUUUUGAAGGUCCUACUGUGAUUGUUCCUGAUCUCGAGGGCAUGCUGUACCUCAAGGAAGAUGGGAAGAAGGUUUGGAAACCGCGCUACUUUGUGCUCAGGGCCUCGGGCAUCUACUAUGUACCCAAGGGAAAGACAAAGACUUCCAGCGAUCUCGCCUGCUUUGUCCAUUUUGAAAAAGUCAACAUCUACACCACCAACAACUACAAGCAGAAAUACAGAGCUCCCACCAACUUCUGCUUCAUGCUGAAGCAUCCCCGCAUCCAGAAAGAGUCGCACUACAUCAAGUUCCUGUGCUGUGACAACGAACACGCGAUGUUGCUUUGGGUGAACUCCAUCAGAAUAGCCAAGUAUGGGGCUGCCCUGUAUAAGAACUACCAGGCUGCACUGAAGAGAACCUCCAGUUUUCAAACUCUCCACUCUGCUGCACAUAAAGACAGAUGUAACAUUAAUGCCCCUCAGAGCAGCCCAAGUUCGGGUCCAGCUCCACCCAAAAUCACAAAUGUUGAAGAUGAGCCACCACCUGACUUCAUCCCUCCUCCUCCUCCUCCUGGACACACGCAAGUUUGAGACACAUCUUCGCCUUCUGAUGUGCAUCACGGUUAACUUCAGUUAGCCUGGAUUUAGCCCAUUUAGCCGGGGUCAUCCCUAUGUUUCCAGGGUUCUAUGUUUCCUGCUUGGUUGAGCGGGAAACAUAGAACCCUUUUUUGUGUAAGCGGGGAACAUAGAACCUUUUUUGUGUAAGCGGGGAACAUAGAACCUUUUUUGUGUAAGCGGGGAACAUAGAACCUUUUUUGCAGGGUUAAGUGGGGAACAUAGAACCCGGUAAACAUAGAACCCUGGAAACAUAGAUAUGCUCCCCAUUUAGCCUCCCAUGUGCACACGUCUGGACAAAUAUCCAACCUGGAACCAAUAAUAUGAUGUCAGUAAUGCACAAACAUGUAGUAGUAGUGUUACAAGACCAUGAUGCAAAGAAAAUUAAAAAGCUUUUACUUAUUCUCAGAUGUAUAAUUAUACUAUUUAUUUGGUUUUGGAUAAAGUCCCUGCAACUUAUACAUUUUUUGCACCUGUUCAAGCAGCUAGGAAAGACCCUAAAUAUUAAGGUAAAGGUAGUAGUGACUGUUAUUUUAGCAAAGGACACAGAACUAUUGUGGAUGUACAAUAAACAUCUAUCAGGGGAGGCCAUGGCUGGUCUAAAUCCUUGGUAAGAAAGACAGAGUUGUUGCUCAGAUCAACACUAAAGAUGCUAGUCAUAGUAUUAAUUCAAUGCCACUUUGACUGUGCUGCCACCUCCUGGUUUGAUAGGGCACCACAGUGCAUCAAAAAUAAAGCCCAGACUACCGACACAUGUAUAUCAGGGUUGUGUGAACCUUUUCGUACUUAUCUUGAUUCAGCAUAAUUAUUACAACUUCCAGAGACAAGCACAACUGUACAACAAGAGGCAACAGAUUUAAUCCUUUUGAGAUUCAAGAGUUUAGUGGGCAAAUAUUUUCAAACUACUUUUUAACACAGCUGCAAUUGAAUGGAAUAAACUUCUAAUAUCUCUGAAAGUCAUUGAGGCAGAGAGGAAUUAAAAGCAGGCUAUAAAGAAACAGCCAGCAAAUAGUCUCAUAGCAGGGAACUUGCACAAAUUAACUGAGUGAUGUCCUUUUGUUUUACUUCUUUGGUGAUUAAAUGAAUUCUGUAUUUGCACCUGUCUAUAGGUUUUUUAAAGAUUUUUUCUAUUAUUAUAGUGACAGAGAGAGACAAUAAAGGCAGGGGAGUGAAAGGGCAGAUGGCAUGCAGCAAAGGGCCAGACUCAAAACUGCACCACUGUGAUGAGUUCUUAUCCAUAGUCCAUAAGUUACCUAUGGUAGAUGGUGGUCGGCACAACCCUCAGUUUGGAGAAGCAGGCUGGAGUGCAUCCAUGGAAGUUAAGCAAUGUACUACUGUGGAUGGGGGCAGCAGCAAAACAUAUUUUUAGCCACCUAAAAAAAUCAGUUUAAUUGCACCUCAUAAUCAGAAUAUUUUCACUGCUCUACCUUACCGUCAGACAGCCCUUUCUGACGAGGAAGCCGUGAAUGGCUUCACCUGCCCAACUAUGCUCUCGUCAGAGCCACCUGAUUCCAUUGACAAAAACAGUCAUUUCAGCUUGCUGAACACAGGAGCUGCUUGUCUACUGCUGCCUCCAUCAGUUAGUCUGUGUUACUGUAUGACUUUGGUAAAUCCAAACCGACUCUUGCUGACAAGACACACAAUAACAUAAACAAACUAAGAGGGCUUUCACAUCAGGGACCCAGGCAUGGAUAGGCGUACACUUGACCCCAAAGUACAUUUCCCCUGAUUAGAGAGAAUACUGUGUACUGUAGUCCAGCCCAGGUGGUCUCAAGUAUGGUUAAUGUGUACUCUCUUACAUUACCCCUCAGGUGUAAACACCAACUAUACCAAAACUCGGAAGCAGGCUGUUAUUUGACACAACUGCAAGGAGUUUUUACCGGUUAUAAAACAGUCAAGAGAAGAGACAAGAUGAGACGGGACGAGACAAGCUGCCACUAGUGCAGCACCAUCUUGAGAAGAAUAUAAUGCUAAUGCCUCUGUAUCAAACUGCAAGAGCAAAGCUUUGUCUACUCCACAGAUAGUGAUGGCCUCAUGAAGCAUUUUCUUAAUUUUCUGAGCAAAAGGUUGAAAACACACUGAAUUGCCACCAUUCUUUGAGCCUCUCUUCUUUAAACCAUGAGCGCCAUCUAGUGGGCUCAGAAAAUACAGAAAAUGCUUCAUGAGGCUUCAUUUGGCCAUCACUACUCCACAGGCCCCCACAGAUGAUGAUCCCCAAGGUAAUAGUGUCGUCUGCAGCAAACUUUUCUUCACUGUAGCUUAGAAAAAAUGUCAUGCAGAUGAUAACACAAGUGUACUCGGGUACGGAACAACAUUGCUAAUGUGAGAGUGGAGUGGAGGGUGGUAAAUUGUACUCGGGCAUGGAGGGCAUUAAUCGGACCUGAUAUGAAAACGCCCUAAAUGAUCAAGGCAGCAGUAGACCAGCAGCUCCUGUGUUCAGCCAUGCUAAAUUACUGUUUUUCCCAAAGGAGUCUGGCUUUGAAGAGAGCCAUGUAACAGCUUCAGCUCCUCGUCAGAAAUCGCUGUCUGACGGGAGGGUUAAGUGCUGAAAAUAUUCUCAAGAUAGCGUACACUGCGGCCCCCAUCAACAGCAGUACGUAGCUUAGCUUCCAUGGUGUUACUCUUGCCUGCUUCUCCAGACUGGGAGCGUGCUGACUGACAUCUACUGUAGGUAAUACACUGACUAUGGAUGAGCACCUCAUACAACCCCACUUGAAAAGAUCCAUACUGCCCUUUAUUGGUCCCUUUUAAUGGUACACACUCUACCCAGUGAGCUAGUGAUGGCCAGGUGAAGCAGUAUUAUGUGUAUUUUAUGAUGUUUUAUGUGAAAUAAAUCUGUCAAACUUUACGACACACAAAACACACAGCUGUGUUCAUUGUUUCAAUGAGCUGUUUAUUACAAAAAGACUGUACAUAAAUUUCAAUGAACACAUAUGUACAAACUGAGAGGAGAAGACAAAUAUUGGAUUCUGUUCCCAUGAACAUUUAAGUUACUGAUUUUUUUUUUUCCCCCACAUUU